UUCUUCGGUGCUCACGGUCUAUUUUUCAUCUUUCCAACUACCUGAGUUCCCUUGAGCAGGUCAAACACGCCAGAUUCUCGGAAAUCUCAAAUGUGCAGACAAUUUUCCUGCCACCUGAAUGUGACGUUAUUCCAUCCCGUAAUCAGCUGAUACUUCACUCAACAAUCCCCAAAUAAAUGAUUUAAUACGAUACGAAAAAUCUCUGCAUGUGGAUUCCGAGGAAAAAACUCGAAGAAUUCAUUCUCGAUCUACUCAUGUAAUUUUUUCCUGUUUCGAAUACUUGCAAUGGGUAAUGCAGGCAGUAAUCAGCAAGUCGGUCAUCAUCAUGGCAGUACAGUGACCAAAGAGACGCACAAACACAGUAAAGAACAACCACCGCCCUCGCCCAAUAAAGAGGGACAGGCAUUUACUUUUGCUAAGAAACCUAGCCAAAAGCUUGUCUUCCAGUCAUCCCAUGAAGAGGAAGAACCGUAUUUUACCAAGGAUGGGGAUGAUUUUGGAUGCCAAAGGCCCCGCUCAAAUACGGUAUCAGAAGGGACAAAAGUCGCCGACAGCAAGGUCUUGCCUACAGUAUUUAAGUGGGAAGGCGGUGGAAAGCAAGUAUAUAUAAGUGGCACAUUCUCAGGAUGGAAAACAUUGCCAAUGGUCAAAAGUCAUGGCGACUUUGUUACGAUUAUCGAUCUUCCUGAGGGCGAGCACCAGUACAAAUUCUUCGUCGAUGGAGAGUGGAGGCACGAUCCGGGCCUGAAAAUCGUUGAUAAUGGCCUGGGAGCCAAGAACAAUCUUGUGUCUGUGAAGAAGUCAGACUUUGAAGUUUUCCAAGCGCUUGCCAAAGACAGCGAGGGAAUAAUCAGCAGUGCCCAGACAGAGUAUGGGCAGGAGAUACCGACCCAGAAGCCCUGGGAAAAAGUUGCUGGACCACCUAUUUUACCACCACACUUGUUACAAGUCAUUUUGAACAAAGAUACUCCAUUAUCUUGCGAGCCAACACUUCUUCCCGAGCCAAACCACGUGAUGCUGAACCAUCUUUAUGCUCUGAGUAUCAAAGACAGUGUGAUGGUUCUCUCUGCUACCCACCGUUACCGAAAAAAAUACGUAACGACACUUCUCUAUAAACCUAUUUGAAUAACUCGAAAUAUUGCUAUAUGAGUGUGUGAUUUAAUCAGUGCACGACGGUCACGACUCUCGUGAAUAUACGAAUUUUAGACUGAGUGAUCAUGUGAAUUUUGUGGGUACGAGGAUAACUACUGAUAAAUAUGAUUUAAAACCCAAUUUGGGAUACCCAGGGAGUUUGCUAUAAUGGUAAAGAUAAUGUUCAUUUCCAAAUAUUUAUUUGAUGACUUAUUCGACCUAUUCGAUUCUCCUGUUAUCCUGUUAAUAAUAAUUAAAAGAAGAAAAAUUGAAUAUCAAGGGGAUGACAAAGCUAA